ACUUGACUUCAAAAAUUGACAACUGUCACUGAGUUAUUUCUCAAAAUAAUUUUUAAAGAAAAUGCAAAAAUGUGAAAUUUUAAUAAAAAAAAAUGAGUCGCGAUAGUAAUUUCGCUUAAUUCUGGGCGGCCUUCAUUGAAUUAAUUAUGUGAGUUGUAUUUUAUAUGAAUUCUGCCAAUUCACCGCGGAAAAUCGCUUUUCUAAGUCCUAGUUUGAACAUGGUGUGAAAGAAACUAAAAUUAAGUCAUAGGCACUUGGUUUUUUUAAUUAUAUGUAGGAAAUUUAAAUAAUUAUAUAUUAACAAUUUUAUGCAAUAUCUUAUUUAUAAAAACAAUUUAAUAAUUCCCGAACAAAGAAAAAUAUCUUGAAAAUAAGAUUAACAGAAUAUUAGAUUUAUGACUGAAAGAGCAGAUAAAGUGUGAAUUAAUCAUAAUGAAAUUUUUAACUAAAUUUAAAUAGUGACAUACAUUACAUACACACAUAUUAGUAAUUUGUGUUUCUAAGUAUAGACUUGCUAUUAUAAAACUAUGCAGUUCCAAAUCACCAAUCAUGACUAGUUGAUUACCAAAUACCAUGAAGUAAUCAGGACAUUUUUACCAUUUAAAUUGUUUCAAAACAAAACCAGCUUAUGCAUGCAUGAACAUAUGAAUGUAUGUAUGUAUGUAAUUGCGGUUUAAAAAAACUUCUUGUUUAUUUGUUUUAGAUUCAUUUUCUUCUCUUGAGUUUCUUUUGAAAAAACUGUUAAAUUUUGAAGUAAAGAAGCAUGAGUCAUUCAUCCAGUUUGAUCAUGUACAUAUGCUAUACAGAAUACGCAGGUCAUAUUAAUUAAGAGAUUCAAUAUAUUUUCCAUGUAAUCAAUGAAGUUUUUUAUGUAAGAUGACUUAAGUAUAUUGUUUGACCUAAUAAAAACAAUAAGGUUCUCAAAAUACGCUUAGUUUCAUUUUCUAAACAUUAUUGUAAACAAUGUCUUCUACUGAACCGGUAAGCUCCUUUCUCUUUGACAUUGAUUGAUAUACUUCCAUAAAUGAAAAGAAACAAUUUACCCGAAAAUAAAGUAGAGUUAGGUAUUUGUUCAUUACCUUCUCUUUAACAUAUAAAAUAAAACUCAAAUAAAUAGAUAAAUUCAGAGCAAAUUAAUGGUUUGUAAAGCAGCACUUUUCGUUUAAAUGGUAGUAGGUUUUUUAAAAAAUAACCCAUACUUACUAAAUCCAUCCAUAUUAGGCAAUAAUAUGAAUGUGCAUAUAUGUAUACGUACAUACAUCCAUGUAGGUGAGGUAGGUAUGCGUAAAGCAGGUGUAAUUACCGUUAUUGGAAUAUCUUAUUGCAAUUUUAAAUUUAAAAGUUGUAAUUUUAACUGUACAGGUACAGGUAAUUUUAACUUGUUGCUAUUAACAUUGAUUUGAUUUAUAAAAUAAAUUUUUUAAAUAACAUAGGAACCAUAAAAAUCAAUAAAAAAAUAUAAUUAAUAAAAAAAAAUAUUGGCUAUAAUUAUUUGAAAAAUUUCGGUCUUUUCGCUUGUUUGAAAUUUUUUUAAAAAAGUUUUAAAUUAUAAUUUAUAGUUCAAAAAGAAGAAAAAUUACAAAAAAAAUGUCAUGUGAAAAUCUGUUUUAUUUUUUUCCAUGCAUUCUAAAUUUACCAAGGGAAAAGCCAGAUUAUUAUAAUAAAUCAAGAUAUAAAACACCUAAGGAAAUAUCAGCUGCUAAGAAAGAAUCAGAAUGCACAAAAAAAUUUGUUAGAGAAAUUAUUUUUAACAAAAUUCGGCAAAUGAGAAUCAAUGCAAUCCGACGAUCAAUGAUAGAAAGACAAACGUUUCUUGCAUCAUCAAAGGAUUCCGCCGAAAUACCAAAAAUUCAGGGAUCAAUGAAUUUCAGGAAUAAUGAAAAAUUUACAGAAAUUGAGACUAAAAAAUUUGAAUUAGACAAAAGAGAUAGUGAACAUUCAAACGGCAGCAGAAAAUCAGCUUCAUCGGGAGGCUAUGUAACGACAACAACAACAACCAAAAUUGUAACUAGAGUUAUACAAGAAGCUUACGAAGAACCUAAUAUUCAUGAAGUUCAUGAGGUACACCGUAUUCAUCAAAAUUCUCCAAGCGUUUCAAAAAAUGAAUUUAGUCAUAUUACAGAUCAAACUGAAUUUAAAAGAAAAUUUCUAGAAGAAACUAACAAAUAUAGAAGUAAACAUGAUGCUCCACCUUUAAUUAUGAGCAAUGAACUUUGUAGUUUUGCUCAAGAAUGGGCUAAUCACUUGGCUUAUAAUGUUAAAGGACUUCAACAUCGACCACGAUGCCAAUAUGGUGAAAAUUUGUAUGCAUCUAAAGGUUAUCAGGUAGAUGGUGGUACAGCAGUUAAAAGUUGGUAUGAUGAAAUCAAUAAUUAUAAUUUCAAUAAGCCUGGUUUUUCUUCAAAAACUGGACAUUUUACACAACUUGUAUGGAAAAAUACAAAACAAGUUGGUGUUGGAAUGGCUACAAAGAAUGGAUGGAUUUACAUUGCUGCAAAUUAUAGUCCGCCUGGAAAUGUUCUUGGUCAAUUUCCAAAUAAAAUCUCCAAAAUGAAUAAUUUUGAACAAGAAUGUCUUAAUGAACAUAAUAAAUAUAGAGUUUUACAUGGUUGUCCUCCAGUUACUCUAAAUAGAGAUCUUUGUAAUUUUGCAAGUGAAUGGGCGCAUUAUUUAGCAAGAAAUAACAUCUUACAACAUAGAUCAAAUUUAGAAUAUGGUGAAAAUAUUUAUAUGUCAUCUGGUAGUACAAUAAAUGGAAAAAUACCAGUUGAAUAUUGGUAUAGUGAAUCAAAACAAUAUGCAUAUGGUGGUAGUAAUGGAUUUAAUUCAAAUUGUGGACAUUUCACACAAGUUGUAUGGAAAAGAUGUGAAGAAAUUGGAGUUGGUUUUGCAAUAAAUGGUCCAAGUACUUUUGUUGUAGUAAAUUAUAAUCCACCUGGAAAUUUUAGAGGAGAAUAUUUAGAAAAUGUUCCACCACCAGUUGCAGGUGGUAGUGCAUGAAAAUUUUGUGGAAGUAUUUUUUGUGUUUAAAUUCGUUUAAUUUUUUUUAUCUAUUAAUAAGUUUUUUUUUUAAUAAACGCCAAAGAAUGCAAUCAAUUGUAUAUAAUAAAUAAAAUGUUUUUAAAUAAAAAUUUAGAGUUUUUGUUAAAAUUGU